AGCCAGCCAGCCAGCCAAAAUAUUCUAAUCCCAUCAGCGAAAAAUCCAGGAACGGACGAGCGCAUAAACUAGCCAGCCAGGAAGCAGCCGCUGCACCCCCCAUCCAUCAACCCGGAGGUCAGAGCUCACAGGUCAUCACAAAGUCAGAGCCCCCGGCCUCGAUCGUGCUCGUGCCCUUCACUCCCCAGCCAGCCAGUACUGUCCCAAUCCCCCGCGGCUCGAUCGACGACCCGCGUAUAUAAAUCAUUGAUUGUUUCCUUCCACUACACCGAUCGAUUGAGAUGGCGGAGGAGUGGUGGGGCUCCGCGCGGACCGGCGGCGACGCGCUCUCGGCGUGCUCCGCGACCCCUGCCGGGUCCGAGAUCAGCGGGACUUCCGGGAUGAGUUCGGGGCCUGCCGGUUUGCCGGACUCCGCGGCCGCUGCAUCGCCGUUCUUCCUCGCCGAUCCGCAGAUGGAUUGGACGCAAUCCUUCAUGGCCGGGAAAGUAGGAGCGGCGGCCAACGCUCCGACGAGCUUCAACGCGUUGCUCCACCUGCAAGGCGACGCGAGCCGCCAGUUCCUGCUCGAUCAGGCGGAGCAUCCGCCUCCCGUUCUGCCUACCCCCUACACCGACGGCGCGUCGCAUCAGGGGCCCGUGUACGCGGACGGCCUGUACGGCUCCAGCUUGGCCAGUAGCUACGGUGACACGCCGGCCGCCGCGACGACGAAGCCGUUUUCGCAGCAGCACCACCAGUUCCCAGAUUUCUUCAGCUCGACGGGGCUCUUUGGCGCGCCGGCCCCGAUCCAGAGGUCACCGCAGCCUCUCCUGCAGGCUCUAGAGCCCAAACUCCUCAAGUCCAGAACUGAACCUGCGGCCCAGGACGCCUGCUCGUCGUCAUCGGCGACGAGAAGGAGCAGCGCCGCCCCUCCGGCGGCGAAGAAGCCUCGGACCGAGACGCCGUCGCCGAUGCCGACUUUCAAGGUGAGGAAAGAGAAGCUCGGGGACAGAGUCACCGCGCUCCAGCAGCUGGUCUCGCCUUUUGGAAAGGUAUCCUUUCCACCCUCCUACUUCCUUUCUGUUUUUCCCUCCAUUAUUAGCUUAGUAGAGUACUUAACUUUCUUUUCGCCUCUGUUUAUACUAUAUUGCUCUGCAAUUCGCCUGCAAGUUGCUGAGUAUUUGCAUCUUUUUGAUCGAUGCCCGGCCCGGCCCUUUAGACGGAUACGGCAUCGGUUCUCCACGAGGCCAUCGGAUACAUCAAGUUCCUUCACGAUCAAGUUGCCUCUCUCAGCUCUCCCUACUUCAUCAGGUGCAGUGGCGGUCCGGUGCAGCUCCAGCACAAACAGGGUUCGGAUGGUGACGCCGGCGAGGCGAAGGAGGACCUGCGGAGCCGUGGCCUGUGCCUUGUCCCGGUGGCGAGCACUUACACGAUGGGCAGCGAGACGGCGGCACCGGAGUUCUGGCACCCUACCUUCGGAGGCACGUUUCAUUGAUUCUAAUAAGAUCCAUAGACAUGCAAGUAGUAUCUAGCACAUUAUAGCCAACUCAGCUAGCUAGGCAGGUAUGCAUAUAUGUGUGUAUGAUUGUGUGUGUGUGUGUGUGUGUGUGUGUGUGUGUGUGUGUGUGUGUGUGUGUGUGGGUGGGUGGGUUAAGCAAUGUGUACUCAUGGUCUCAUGCCACACCACUAAAUCACAGUGUUGAAGCAAAGGCGAAAAAAGCUUUUAAGCAAUCAGCAAUGUGCCGACAAA